AUGUCCGUUCUCGACCAAAUUAAACAGUACACUACCAUCGUUGCCGACUCUGGCGACUUUGAAACCAUCGCCCAAUACAAGCCUCAGGAUGCUACCACCAACCCUUCGUUGAUUUUGGCCGCUACCCAGAAGCCCCAGUACGCCAAGCUUAUUGAUGAUGCUAUUGCUUAUGCCAAGAGCAAGGCCUCUGGUGAAGAGCAGGUUGAAUUGGCUAUGGACAAGUUGUUGGUGAACUUUGGUCAGGAAAUCUUGAAGAUCGUCCCCGGUCGCGUUUCCACCGAAGUCGAUGCUCGUUUGUCUUUCAACAAGGAAGGCACCAUUGCAAAGGCUCUUCGUCUCAUUGAAUUGUACAAGGAAGUCGGUGUUGACAAGGAGCGUGUCUUGAUCAAGAUUGCUUCUACCUGGGAGGGUAUUCAAGCUGCCCAUGUUCUUGAGACUCAGCAUGGCAUUCACUGCAACCUCACUCUUCUUUUCGGUUUCCCUCAGGCUGUUGCUUGUGCCGAAGCUGGUGUCACUCUCAUUUCUCCCUUCGUUGGCCGUAUCCUCGAUUGGUACAAGAAGAGCACUGGUCAGACCUACGAAAGCCACGAAGAUCCCGGUGUUUUGUCCGUCUCCAAGAUCUACAACUACUACAAGACCUACGGUUACAACACCAUCGUCAUGGGUGCUUCCUUCCGUAACGUUGGUGAAAUCAAGGAAUUGGCUGGUUGCGAUUUCUUGACCAUCUCUCCUGCCCUGUUGGCUGAAAUGCAAAAGGAUGAAGCCAAGUUGGACCGCAAGUUGAGCCCUGAAGGUGCCAAGGAGGCCAACCUCGCCAAGGUUUCCUUCUUCAACGACGAAAAGGCUUUCCGUUGGGAAAUGAACCAGGAUGCUAUGGCUACCGAGAAGUUGUCCGAAGGUAUCCGCAACUUUGCCAAGGAUGGUCUCAAGCUUGAAAACACUUUGAAGGAGAAGCUUGCUUUGUAA